AGGAUGUUGUGCACAUGCGCGCUGUGCAAUCUACCGGAGCGCCAGAGGUAGUGAAGGCAGUCCUAAUGGCGGAGAGCGUACGGUCGCCUUUUGAUUACCGGGAGCCCCCGACCCUCGACAGCGACGGGGAUGGGAGCAAGCCGCCACCGCCACGGGGCCGCGUGUGUGGGAGAAAAAGGAAGGGGACACCUGUGAAGGUGUGUGAUCGAGCGUAUGUAACAGAAGAUGAGGAGGAGGAGAGCAUGUCAGAGCACAGCUACAGCCCGGGUGAUGGGCAGUACCCAGAAGGUGCUGAAGACCGCCUCCCUCCUCCUGGCAGUCCCUACUACCUACCUGACCCCACCCAGCUCUGUGUUCCUGAGCUGGGAGAGGAGGGAGCAAGCGGUGUUCGAGGACCCGUUCUCUUCCACCCGCCUCCCAACUGCCGUAUUAGAGAAGUCCAUUGUGGGACCCAGGUGCGGUUGGUCGUCAUAGCGAUCCGCGACAUCGCAAAAGGGGAGGAAAUAACUGUGGACUACAGCCUGACGGACUGGGGGGAGAAUGCAUUGGAGGAAGACGCUGGUCCUCACCCGCUGUCCCUCUCUGUAUCUGAUUACCUCACCCCCUCCUGGUCACUGUCACCCUCGUCCUCCCCACUCACCCACUCUGAGCCCAGCGACUCUGAUCGUGAGGAAGACGAAGAGGAAGAGGAUGACGAUGACGACGACGAUGAUGAUGAAGAGGAAGAAAUCGAGGAGAUACGGGGCCGAAUGCUUCGGCGCCGCAAGAAGCGCAAGCUGCCCGCACCCAUUAAUUCCAAGAAGAAGAGUGCGCCCACCUCCUCCAGGGGACCUGGGCGCCCCUGCUCCUCCUUCACCCGCCCGGGGCCCAUCACUCCCCCAGCUCGGCCGCAGGCGCCCAUCAGCACCCUGGCGCCCCCAACAACUAACAUAAACAAUAACAUCAACAUAAACAUCGGCAGCUCCAGCGGUGCCGCAGUGAGUCGGCGGCAGCAAUGUCCAUACUGCGGCCGCCACUACCGCUCCCUGGCGCGCCACCUGGAGAAGUACCAUGCCAACCAGCCGGAGGUCAGAACUGCUAUGGAGCUGGCACAUCUUCACACACACAGCUCCUCGAACGGCAACACCCCACACCCCUCCUCAUCCUCCACCACCUCUGCUCCUCCCAGCCAUUCCUUUGCUGUCCCGCAGUCCUCUGCCUCCAACCCAGCUCCGUCCUCCCUCUUCUCCAGGGAGAGGGAAUCGCCUGCUACACGCUCGAGCACGGGCAGUGUCUCUUUCUCCCUCUCGCUUUCACCAACUUCAUCAGCGCGGCCCACAGCUGCAAAGAAGGGGCCCAACGUACCUCUUCCAGCUGCAAAACUCUCCUCAACGCCACUGGUUUCUCGGGUUAAAAGUCCAUCUCCACCUCCGACCUCUGCUCCAAAAAGAGGGCGGAAGAUGAAGAAGGAAAAGAACGAGGAGCAGCAGAAGGUGGAGAGGAAUCAGGAGGAGCUGCUGCCACCUCCCACUCCAGAGCCGGAUAUUGAUCCAGAUGAAGAUCUGGAGCUGAGUGGAGGGGAGGAGGAUGCACCAGAGAAGAAUGGAGAAGUUGUAAGCAAACACAGACAGCCUAUGUCUCCCCUGCUCUCCUCCCUGUCGUGUUUAAUCAUCUACCUUCGUCGCCAGCAGCACUCCUCUUUCCUCUCUCUGACUCGAUCUCCUCACUCUGCUGAGGCCUGGCGCCUGCUCUGUCACUCCAGCCUCUCCCUUCUCAUCCUCUACAAUCGACACCGGGAAUGUGAGGUGGCUAAGCUCACUAUUCAGGACUACCGCAACCGGAUCACGCCGCCGUCCACCUCGAGCACCAGCGCCCCCUCUGGCAUGGAGUCUUUCCUGUCCCCCUUUGAGCGCCAGGUCCUGUGUCACCUCCCACGGGCGGGGGUCUUGGGCAAGCGAGGCCGUGUCCAGCCUCUCAUUCUCCCGCCUCACUGUGAGUCCUGCCUGGACCUGCUCCUCCGUACCAGCCCCAACGUAGGCGUGGACCCUGAGAGCCCCUACAUCUUUUCCCGGCCCUACCACUCGCCUGCCACCCCCCUCCGCGGCACGGACCUGCUAAGGAACCUGGCCCGGGCCAGCGGGGCCAAAAACGCUGGAGCCCUGACAGCGACUCGAGUGCGGCGGCAGGUGGCCAUCCUCACACAGCUGCUACUGUUGGAGGAGGGAGAGGGUCAGGGAGCAGCCAUCAAACGGCUGGAGGACUUCCUGGAGCGGGAGUACCACGUGACGCAGAACUGCUGCUCUAUCAUACGAGAUCCAGCGUUGAUGGGUCGAGUUGGACGCGUUGUUCUGUAUGGAGAGAGGGAGGGCGUGCUUUUCAGGGGGAUGAGCCUGCAGGACAUUUGCCUUGAGUUAGACGUGAUGUCUGGCAACUCGGGAGAUUCGUUUUCUGAAGAUUCGGAGGCAGAUGAAGAAAAGGAAGACAUCAAGGAGAAGACGGAGGUGAUGGUAAAGAAGAAAGGACCGGGCCGACCACCAAGGAAGAAACCUACACCUGUUCCUCCACCCACUGUUAAUCCCCCACCUCUAGCUAACGCCCAAAAAAGGAGACCUGCUCCAGUUAAAUCAGGAAAGCGCGGCGUGCUGAAACGACCCUGGUCUGAGGCGGAGCGCGUAGCUGUAGAGACGCACCUCAAGAAGAACCUCUUGGAACUGCGAGUCCCUGCAAAGGCAGACUGUGAGCGCUGCCUGGAACUCUGCCCCCUGCUGGUGAGCAACCAGCGAGACUGGAGAGCCAUCAAGUUUUAUGUGCACAACCGGAUCCAGCUGCUGAAGAAGCAGGGGAGGAGAGAAAGUGCUGCAGCGGUUAGCUAGAGCCCAAGCGAGCUGUGAAGGAAUGCAGAUACCAUAAUGUAUAAACCACCAGCAGUCAGGAUGAAGUGUGGCUCAAGCUGAGAGGAGCAGCACCUGAAGUUUAGGGGGUUUCCAGGUCUCAUCAUGCUGGUUAUAAGGGAGUAGUGUAAUAAAAGUGAUUAAGCUAUGAGGACAGAGUGGAUGAAGAUAACAUUUUCUCUUUUGCUCUCUGUUUUAGAAGCGUUUGGACAAAAUGAGGUUGGGCAGUGAAUGUCUUUUAUUUUCUAUGUCCUGUUUACUUUCUGCUGGUAAAAUAAAGUAGAGAACAUAUGGGAGAGAGUGAAUAACAAGCAACAAGUCUGCUAAGUUGACACACAGAGCAGACAGCAUUCCCCAAUUGCUUUGCUCUCACUGAACACUGUUGACCAAACAAUGUGUAAAGCUUUGGGAGAACAAACAUGACUACACGGACUCAUAUGAACCUGUACAGUAUGUAAGUUGAUGCUCACGUGUGCUCCAACAGAUGUGUACAUUUGAAAAAAAGUAUUCUUCAGUGUCCCAGACCAUGAUGCACCUGUUUUUAAGUGUUUCUUGCAUACCUCCAUACCAUCAUCAUAGAUUAGUAUGUGUCAAGGCACGUCUACUUGAAUUCACUGAGUAUAAUUUUUAAGAAAAAUUAUGUAUUUCGGAAACAACGUAUGAAAUCCACACUGUAAAUAGUUCAUAAUCUAUAAAAGUAUGAAGUUGUGAUAGCAAAGUUGGCAGUGUCUUUUUGUGUAUAUAAACUGUAAAUAUUGUCUGUACUUAUUAAAGUGUAUGACAUUU